CCGGCCCCCCCCUCCAGUCUUGUACAGGUGUAGUCUCCUCCCCUUCAGUCUUGUAUAGAUGUACUGGCUCCUCCCUUUCAGGCUUGCAUGGGUAAAACAGCUCCUCCCUUUCAGUCUUCCACAGGUGAUGGCUCCUCCCCUUCAGUCUUGCACAGGUGUACCGGCUCCUCCCCCUCAGUCUUGCACAGGUGAUGGCUCCUCCCCUUCAUUCUUGCACAGGUGUACUGGCUCCUCCCUUUCAGUCUUGCACAGGUGAUGGCUCCUCCCCUUCAGUCUUGCACAGGUGUACCGGCUCCUCCCCCUCAGUCUUGCACAGGUGUACAGUCUCCUCCCCUUCAGUCUUGCAUAGAUGUACCAGCUCCUCCCCUUCAGUCUUACACAGGUGUACCGGCUCCUCCCCUUCAGUCUUGCACAGGUGUACCGGCUCCUCCCCUUCAGUCUUGCACAGGUGUACCGGCUCCUCCCCUCCAGUC